GCUGUUGCCGAGCGCUGGGAGUCUGUGUCUCUGUCUGUGUCUCCUGCCUGCACUGCCCUGUCUGCCGGCUGCUGGGCUGGGCGCGGCCUCUCACUACCUGCCUGGCUCCACUCCGCUGUUACCUGUGGCUGGCUCUGGCCCCCCUUCUCGGGACUCAGACCCGCCUGGCGCUGACACCCACCACAGCCUGGCGCGCCUAGACGUCCCACUGCCAGCGAAGGUGGGGGCCUGGGCCCCAGGAGCCAGGGGCCCGAGGGCAGAGGCUGACAACAACCCUGGGAUGGAGAGGAGCCGGGCUGCGAAGGACGUUGUGAGGACCAGCAGCGAUAAUGAGGGCGAGCGAGCAGCAGCAAGAGUGUCUCCCAGGGGCCCUGGCCCCCGCUCCGCUCGGCCCUUGGCAUCGCCUGAGGGCAGCGGGGAGUCUCUCAGCCCCUCUCUGAUAGUCACCGACACCGACUCACUGGGUCUGGGCUUGCCCGCCGGAGCGAGCACCGAGCUGGUCACACUGGGUGUUGAGGGCAGCACCGACUCCCUGGACCUGGACCUGAUGGUGCGCUGGGCAACGGUGCCCACUAGCUCCCCGGAGACCCUCUCCGAGCCAGACCCCUGGGCUAACAGCACAACCGAUCUGGACGCCACCCGCCUGCCCGUGACCAUCGAACCUGCCCACAGCCUGGCACCGGCCGGAGUCGCGGGCACUGAGCCGGGGGGAGCCAGCCUGACCACAGCCCCCCCUGACCACACACAAGUGACCGGACAGUCAGCGCCAGAUGGGGACUUCAGCUUUGAUUGGGUGCUCGGAGUGGGGGGUGGUGUGGUAGGGGGCAGUGGAGUGCCGGGGGCCGUGGGUUCGGAGAGUAGGCAGGCUGGGGGGGGUGGGGCACUGGGAGAUGAGGUGACGAGUGAUGGGGAGGGCUGUAAACCCGGUUACUUCCUCCACAAUAACUCCUGCAAAUCGCUGUGUGACAUGGUGCCGAGCUACUGCUUCAACGGGGGACAGUGCUUCCUCAUGGAGACGCUGGGGCCCAUCUGCAGGUGUAACGCACAGGCGUACCUGUGGCACAAGGGGCUGAGGUGUGAGGCGGUGCUGACCGAGUUCCAGGUGCUGUGUGUGGCUGUGGGCUCAACGGCGGCUGCGCUGUUGCUGCUGUUUAUGCUGACUGUCUGCUUCGCCAAAAAGCUCUACUCCCUCAAAACCGAGAACAGGAAACUGCGCAAGAGGAGUAAGUUCAGGCCACAGAUGGAGCAGCACAAUGACAACUUUUCCUUGUCGACAAUCGCAGAGGGUUCGCAGGUCAAUGAGGAGUCAAACGGACAAACGAAAGGAGCGGAGGCAGUGAAGGCAAAGGGAGAUGAGGUGCCGGGCGGACAGAACAACUGGGGGCUGAAGGAGGAGAAUAAGGGAGGGGCGAGCGUGGAGGAGCCCGCAGCCCACAACAACUCCCUGUGAGAACCCCCUCUCCCCGCCAACAAACCUGUACAGUAAAGAGAAACAUUCACAAACACUUUUUUUCCUGCCUUAUCGGCUGUGUUAGCAUGCCUCGCUGUGUUUUAUAUAAAAUCUCUGUUACAAUCAACACCCAAACACGGUUGAUAUUCGUUGAACAUACAAAAAAGACGAGAGGGACCCCC